AUGGUUGCACCGUUGGAAGUGGGAUUCUACACGGAGAUUAUUGGAUUCUUGCAGUGUAUCAAGCUCGAGGAUACCUUCCAGGGAACGAAACCAAAUGGCUUCGAAAUCAUCACUCAUGAUUUCGCUCCGACCAGAGUCAUCGUGGAGUACCGGUACAACUCGGUUUGGAAGAAUGUUACGUAAGUUUACGUGUCGCACUAAAUUUAUAAAUUUUUUUAGCCGCAAGCCGUUGGAUUUGGUCGAUAAAGACGAGGAAGGUUUCCAAAGCUACCGAGUCUUUUUGAACCAGGUUGGAGAGGAAGUCAAGGUUGGAGUCUCCGGAUUAAGAACAGAUUUCAGGUAAGUCGUGCGUGGAGACAUACUUACUUCCGCAUAGUCCGUCCCCAUAUUCUUAGAGAAUUUUACUCCGAAUUUAUUUUAAAACGCUGAUUUCAGGGUUUGUCCCAUAUUUAACAAAACAUUUGUCGAAAAAAAUUGUGAACCCAAACAGUAUUCAUUCUUCGAACUCCUUGGUUCAAGCAUGGCAAAAAUAGGAUGUAACGCGGAAACCCGCCCAGAGAAUAAAUUAUACUCGCCUACUGGAGAAGUCGUAACCUCAUACAAACAGGAGACGACAGACAACUUUGAUUGCCAAAGUAUGGUGGGUGUAUUUGAUAAGAAGUUGGUGUUCCGAAAGAACGGAUCAGAUGAGUGUAAGCAGUUGGAUUGGGAAGGCAAAAAAUGGGAUCCAUCGCCGUGUCAGCCAGCGGAGUACAACCUCACUUCCUCGAACCGAUUCUUGCUGUCUUUGGUGAGUGUAUGAAGAAUAUAUAACCCUUAGUUUUAGAAGUACUUGAUUGUUAUGUUCGAGUCUUCCAGUUGUACCAGACCAGCUCAACUCUCUCCCGAAUUUUUGGACAAUACUUAUGUCGAGUUUAUGAAUCACAAAGGGUAAGUUCGUUUUUAGUAAAUUCACCGGUUGCCUUUCUGCCAAAUUCCAAAAAAAAAAAAAAUAAUUUUUCCAAGCUGCGCGCGAACAUCUUGCCAGGUGCUUUUAGCUCGCCAUCGAGGCAUCUCUUUAUAGCCGUAGUCUAAGCCAAAAACUUUGAGAUUUAGUUCAAUUUACGUUUAAAACUUCACACUUUUACAUUUUUUAGAGCCGAUACGACCGAUACGACCGCAACCAAGAAUUGCGCCACCAAUUCCUCAAUUUGUGGAUGGAUUCUUAUGGCUCUUGUCUUUGGCCAAAUUUUUUAUUUUAAACUUUGA